UUGUCUGUUCCCGGUGGAGUUGAUGCUGUUUUUUGUCCUAAGAAUCUGUAUGACUAUAGCAAUGAUAGUGGUGAGAAGCAAGAGAGUGAGAAUUUGGGUUCUGGUUAUGCCAGUGGGUUGGUUUCCUGUGUAGAGGAUAAGGGGAAUGGGCAUGAAACAUGGGUUAGAGUUGAGAGAUUGGAGAAAGGAUUGUGUGGGAAACGUAGGCCUGUUUUCUUUAGAGGGGUUGCUACCAUUGUUACCAAGUUGUUUCACAUUGUGGAACCUGAUGUUGCUGUUUUUGGUAAAAAGGAUUAUCAGCAGUGGAGGAUUAUACAACGGAUGGUUCGAGAUCUCGAUUUUGCCAUUGAAAUCGUGGGGUCUGAAAUAAUGCGAGAUAGCGACGGCCUUGCAAUGAGUUCACGAAAUGUGCAUCUCUCCCCUAAAGAAAGGGAAAAUGCAUUGUCUAUUAGCAGAGCGUUGUUGAAGGCUAAGUCCGCUGCUAAAGACGGUCUAGUUAAAUGUAGCGAACUAAAGGAUUUGACUAUCCUAACAAUAACUCAAGCCGGGGGAAGAAUCGAUUAUGCUGAGAUAGUAGACCAGGACAGUUUGAAGGCAGAGACAGAGAUCAAGAGUCCUGCUGUGUUCUGCAUUGCUGCCUGGUUUGGCAAGGUUAGGCUGAUAGAUAACAUGGAAAUCAGCAUAUGAAAUGAAACUACAUCUUCAGCCUAGACCCACUUAUUUAAUUAAAUAAUUUUUCCAUAUGGGAAGAGCAAUAAACAAUGGUGUGGGAUUAACGU